CGGGGCCUGAGGCACCUCCUCCGCAGAGCCAAACACACCUGCGACUGAGAGCGGAGUCGCCGCCGGAGGAAGAGCAGCUGCAGUCGGAGAUCCCUGAGUCCCCCAGGAACAGGCAGGCUGCCGGCAGCAUGGAGAAGGCACACAGCAAAACGGUGGAGGAAGUUCUCGCUUUCUUCGGGGUGAAUGAGAACACGGGCCUGAGUGUGGAACAAGUGAAGCAAAAUCUCGAGCGAUGGGGACACAACGAAUUGCCAGCGGAAGAAGGGAAGUCUCUGUGGCAGCUUGUGCUGGAGCAGUUUGAAGAGCUACUGGUGCGGAUCCUCUUGCUGGCAGCCUGUGUCUCGUUUGUCCUGGCUUGGUUUGAGGAAGCAGAAACCGUCACUGCCUUCGUGGAACCCUUUGUGAUCCUUCUGAUCCUGAUUGUGAAUGCUCUGGUCGGUGUAUGGCAGGAAAGGAAUGCAGAGAAUGCAAUCGAAGCACUGAAGGAGUAUGAACCAGAGAUGGGCAAGGUUCACCGAAUGGACAGGAAGGCUGUGCAGAGAAUCAAAGCCCGGGACAUAGUACCUGGAGACAUUGUGGAAAUUGCAGUUGGUGAUAAAGUUCCUGCUGACAUCCGGAUUAUCAGCAUCAAGUCGACUACCCUCCGAGUUGAUCAGUCCAUCCUCACAGGGGAAUCAGUCUCUGUUAUCAAGCACAGCGACCCUGUACCAGACCCUCGAGCUGUGAACCAGGACAAGAAGAACAUGUUGUUUUCGGGCACCAACAUUGCCUCUGGGAAAGCGACUGGUAUUGUCAUGGCUACAGGAGUCCACACCGAGAUUGGCAAGAUUCGAAACCAGAUGGCGUCCACGAUAAAUGAGAAGACUCCUCUCCAGCAGAAACUGGAUGAGUUUGGGCAGCAGCUGUCCAAGGUGAUAUCCCUCAUUUGUGUCGCUGUCUGGGUGAUCAACAUCGGGCACUUCAAUGACCCCGUCCACGGUGGCUCGUGGAUCCGUGGUGCCAUCUACUACUUCAAAAUAGCAGUGGCAUUGGCUGUGGCCGCCAUUCCUGAGGGGCUGCCUGCUGUCAUUACCACCUGCCUGGCCCUAGGCACACGACGCAUGGCAAAAAAGAAUGCCAUUGUAAGGAGCCUUCCAUCAGUGGAGACAUUAGGUUGCACAUCAAUCAUCUGCUCUGACAAGACUGGAACGCUCACCACCAAUCAGAUGUCGGUCUGUAAGAUGUUCAUCAUUGAUACUGUGGUUGGAGAUAACUGCAACUUGCGCGAGUUCAGCAUCACUGGAUCCACCUACGCUCCAGAGGGACAAGUAUUAAUGGGAGACAAGCCCAUCCAACCCAGUCAAUACAGUGGGCUUGUGGAACUUGCUACUAUCUGUGCACUGUGUAAUGACUCCUCGUUGGACUACAAUGAGGCAAAAGGAGUCUAUGAGAAGGUUGGUGAAGCCACGGAAACUGCGCUCACAUGUUUGGUGGAAAAGAUGAACGUUUUUGACACUGACCUCCACGGUAUCAGCAAAGUAGAAAGAGCAACGUUUUGUAACAACACCAUCAAGCAACUCAUGAAGAAGGAAGUGACCCUUGAAUUCUCCCGUGAUCGCAAAUCCAUGUCCGUUUAUUGCUCUCCGACCAAACCCACAGUGAAUUCAGGAAGCAAAAUGUUUGUGAAGGGAGCUCCAGAGGGGAUCAUUGAACGUUGCAACUACAUCCGUUCUGGCACCAUGAGGGUGGCCCUGAGCCCUCGUUUGAAGCAAAAGAUCAUGAGUGUUAUCAAGGAAUGGGGAACAGGACGGGACACCCUCCGCUGCCUUGCACUAGCCACUCGUGAUAACCCACCUCGGAAAGAGGACAUGGACUUGGAAGACCCUUCAAAAUUCAUCAAGUAUGAGACUGACCUUACAUUUGUUGGCUGUGUAGGGAUGUUGGACCCACCGAGAAAGGAAGUUGUUGAUUCCAUAAAGAUGUGUGAGAAAGCUGGUAUCCGUGUCAUCAUGAUCACCGGUGACAACAAAGGCACUGCCGUCGCCAUUUGCCGGCGGAUUGGAAUUUUCGGUGAGAAUGAAGAUGUGACUGAGAAAGCGUACACUGGCCGGGAGUUUGAUGACCUGACACCAGAGGAGCAGCGGGAAGCCUGCCGCUCCACACGUUGCUUUGCUCGUGUCGAGCCUGCACACAAGUCCAAGAUCAUCGAGUACCUUCAGUCCUUUGACGAGAUCACAGCUAUGACUGGCGAUGGUGUUAAUGAUGCUCCUGCUCUAAAGAAGGCAGAAAUUGGGAUCGCAAUGGGCUCGGGCACUGCCGUGGCUAAGACAGCCGCGGAAAUGGUGUUGUCUGAUGACAAUUUUGCCACCAUAGUCUCCGCGGUCGAAGAAGGCCGAGCCAUCUACAACAACAUGAAGCAGUUUAUCCGCUACCUCAUCUCCUCCAAUGUGGGUGAAGUUGUCUGCAUUUUCCUCACUGCUAUCCUGGGCUUGCCCGAGGCCUUGAUUCCUGUCCAGUUGCUCUGGGUUAAUUUGGUAACGGAUGGCCUGCCUGCCACAGCACUGGGCUUCAAUCCUCCCGACCUGGAGAUCAUGAACAAACCACCUCGUAAUCCCAAAGAGUCCCUCAUUAGUGGGUGGCUAUUCUUCCGCUACAUUGCCAUUGGAGUUUAUGUCGGCUUGGCAACAGUUGGAGCAGCCACCUGGUGGUUCAUGUACGAUGAAGAUGGUCCACAGGUCACCUUCAAUCAACUGCGGCACUUCAUGCAAUGUACACCAGACCACCCACUUUACCAAGACAUCGAGUGUAAAAUCUUUGAGUCUCGCUACCCUACCACAAUGGCAUUGUCUGUCCUGGUGACCAUUGAAAUGUGCAACGCACUAAACAGCCUGUCUGAAAACCAGUCACUGUUGCGAAUGCCUCCAUGGGUGAAUAUCUGGCUGCUGGGGACCAUCUGCAUCUCCAUGUCACUGCACUUCCUGAUUCUGUAUGUGGAGCCAUUGCCUCUGAUUUUCCAGGUGACUGCUCUGAACUGGCCUCAGUGGGUCAUGGUCCUGAAGAUUUCACUGCCCGUCAUCCUGCUGGACGAAUCACUCAAAUACAUAUCCCGCAACUACAUUGAGGAUGAAGAUGAUAAUAAGUACCUGAAGCGAAGACACCUGAAGUUCUAGGAGAACGCCUAGGAUUCUCACUCCCAGAGUGUCGCAUGCAUGAUUACCACAUGGUCCGACACAUACGGAGUGUGCGGGUGAACACCUUGCAAUUUCCAGUUUUGUAGCUGUCCCUCUCUAUAAGUGUGCAAUAACUGGACUCCUGGUCUUCGAUGGAAGUGUGAGUGUCUGUGACAGUAAGACAAUCAACUGGAAUGAAGUCUUAAAAACAAGGGGGUCCUUGAGCAUUCUGCAGAAUGGUGUGGUAAUUAGCUGAAUGUUUCAUGCUAAUGGUGUCUUUCCUUGUGUUUGUGAUGUGUUAUGGAACGCCACUGCUCUUUGAAGCUGUUGCUUCUGCAAAUAUGCACAGAUUUGGGAAAAGACACAAAAGGUCAUUUGCUAAUCGUUUUCUUCUGGCUUCUCCCAUGGAAACCAGGCUAACAUCCUUUUCUGCAGUGGUAAGGAAGCCCCGUUUACAUCAUUCUUCAUUGUGGUUUGCACUCAGCUGUAAACAGGCAACAGCAAACUGCAAUCAUUUGUAGCAUCCAUCUGUUCACAUCUCUCAAACAGCCGAAUUAAAGGCUAAAAAUACUAAAAGUCAGAAAAGUUAGAUUCCAAAUUGACUGCGAACCUGUUGAGUAGCAUGAGGAAGGAGUUGCAUACUCCCACUCUAGUCUCUGUGCUUGCUUAUUGUUAUGCAUAAUCCUGUGUAAAUAUGAAGCAUAAAGACAGUGGCAGCAAGUUAAAAAAUGUCACAAAGCGAUGGCAUUUGAUUAAAAUUUUAACCUAAUAAGGAAAAGCCAGCAGGCUAACCAGAAGCAUGUCGCCAUGAGUUUGAGUUUGACUUUCCCUUUCCGAUUUCUAGCACAUCUCUAGUGUACCCACCCAGGGGAUACACCCAGUAAUAUAGGGAAAUAGUCCUCCUUUUUGGGUGUAAGUGUCUUACUUUCCCUCCUGGCACUGGCUGAACUAAAAAUCCGUCUUUAGAUUCAAUGCCUCCAGCGAAGAGGUAGUUUCCACAGCUCAUUCUGCAGAAUUCUUAUCCACUAGGUUGGACGUGAUGUCCACAUUUUGUAUUUUGCACCAUAUUUAAAUUGAAGCUCACCCACAGCUACUUAUCUUUAUAAAGACAAGUAUAUACUUCCACAUCAAUCCCGUCUUUCUCUCUCUCACACCCACACACACACACACCUUUCCUAUUUUACCAGGCAAAUAAUUCCAGUGGCUUGUUUACUAAUAGAAUUGCUGGCCUGAGAGAAGCUUCCUUUUUAUUUAGAAAAUGUUUAGAAACACAAUUCCGUCUUGCGUCUCCAGGCCAGCAACAUUACCACCCUUAACACUGCAGAUUUAUGACUGUACUGAGUAACAGGAGAGAAAAAUUGCAUGGACUGUUUCACUGUAAUGGCUGUAUCCUGGAUAUAAUGGGUUUUUUUUCAUAUUUUCCUCUGGAAUUUUACAAAUGAUAAUUGGGUGGACCAAGUAUGGAUCUCAGCGACUGCUUUCUUUCUAAACAUUUUUUUCUACAAUGUAGUCUAUUUGCUGUUUUGAAUGUGCGAUGGGUGUUUGGGUAAUUUAGGGAGACCGAGUCUGCUUUGCAGUAAUCUUUGCCAGGCAAAGCAAGGAAGUAGGUACAUUAUCAGGUUUCUUAUUCUUGCAGUCUGUGUUCAGGAACUUCAAACAGCUUUGGAGAAGCAUGUUGCUAAUCCAAUACUUUACACACUGUUUGGUUAUUCCUGGUGCCCUCAGCAUCUGUGUACAAUUCAACACGCUCCAUUUAACUGAAUCAAAUGGAGUUAGCUUUAUUACAAGGUGUUAGUCAAGCAAGCUAUUGGCUAGAAAUGCUACAAGAGCCUUUCUCUUCGUUGCUCAUACAGCAAAGCGGUUAGCUCAUUCCCUUGUAAAAAGAUUUAGGAUUUCCUCCUGCACCAUUCUUGGGGGUCUAAGCAACAAAGGGGAUGCUUUUGUUCCUACUGCCUAAUGUUAGACAUGCUGAAAGAGAACACCUCAACCUGCAGAGCGGGAGCUGGAGAGAAAUCGUUGUGCAGAUUCCCAACAUCAGGGAAUUGGUUACUUGCUCUGUUUCCUGUUAAAGUCAUUGGGCAGAAUGUUCCUUCUAGGAGAAGGGCUGGGCGGCAGGUUGGCUGGUGUAAGGCAUGGGGAGAGGAGCUGUAUACCUUCCAGCCCACUUGGCAUUUUACCAGCAGCAGGAACGUUGGUGCCAUGCUCACCCCAGUUGAGGCACAUUAGUGGCCACUUUAUGGGCCACCCCAUGGCUAUUUUUCUCACCUCGGGAGAACCUGGCACUGCUGCUGGGUAAGGACUGUUGACCUGCCACCUGGUUGCUCCAUGCCCACGAAGCUUUCACUGGCAGCUAUGUGCCAAUGGUGCAUCCUCUGAUUAAACAGUAAGCCCCAUUGCAGUUGGGCUCCCAUCCUUAACUGGGCAAUGGCCCUGGCAGUCAUCUCAUUAUUGGAUUCACCAAAGCCCCUCAGUUCGAAGCGCAGAAGUGAGUAAGCAAUGAGCAUUAUUUUGCCCGAGGUGGUCAAUUGUGUAAGAUUCAUGUGAAGAUCUUCCUUGCCUUUUGAUUUUGGCUCCCUGAGCCAAGCAAACUGUGUACAAAACAUGCCCACUUUUCACUUUGCUGAAAGUAUUUCUGAUUGCUUGCGCUUGUACGCUGUAUGGAGACAAUCUAAGCAAUUGCCAAGAGUCGAUACAAAGGUAGUCACAACUGGACUCAAUUACACCCACUCCCUGCCUCAGUCUCACACCAUUUUCUUCCAUUUCUAGUUUGAAUACUUUGUUCCUGACAAAUGUGUGUUGUAUUUGUUCUGAAGUUGAGUUUGUUUCUUUAAUAUUGCCUUGCCUUCCUUGGAAGUGGAUUGGACAGCUAGCCUGCUGGCUGAUUGUGAAUAACCUUCUGCUAGUGUUAGGGAUGGAGCAGGUCACUUUCACAUCCUCCUAAGUUGAGUCGUAGCACUUCCAAAGUGAACAGAGGGUCACAACUCCCGCCCCCAGUAAAGCAAUGGGUGCAAGACUUUGAUGCAGGAAAAUAUCAAACUGGCUGUAAAUUCUAGAGAUUAGAGCUGCUUUAAUAACAUAAAUUAUUAAGCAAAAGCUAUUAAGGGAUGUGGACCAAAUGCAAAUAUUUGGAGUUAGGCCACAGAUCAGCCAUGAUCUCAUUGAAUGGUGGAACAGGCUUGAGCGGCUGAAAGGCCUACUCCUGUUCCUGUUGUAUUUUGUUCGCUCUUCAUGUGGCACAUGUGGAAAAUCUCACUCUGGCACAAGUCAUCCUGGAGUACCUCGUUAUCAAAUCCACUCCCCCUCCAGUAUCUCUGCGACAUUCUCCAGCCUUAAUGUUCCAGGAUCCCUCUGUCUCCAAUUGUGGGCUCAAGCACAUCACUUCCUUUCGCCUGUGAUUGGUGGUCAUGAUACAGUCGUCUAGACCCCAAACCCAGGAAUUCCCUCCCAAAGUCGCCCUUCCUCUUUUCCUGUUUCCUCCUAUAAACUGCUGCUUCAAACCUGUGUGCUGGCCAAGCUUUUGGGGGUAUCCCAUCCUAAACUCUAUCUGGGUGUUCAUCUCUGCAAUAGAUCAAUGUUUGUUAGAUACCAUGGUUCGCUAUGUUAAGGACGCUUUACAGAUGCAAAGUAUUGUUGUUAUGACUGUGAUUGUGAACAUCAGGAUGAAGGAAGCCUUCUGUGGGACACUUGUUCCAGUACAACAAACAAAAGGAACUACAUAGCUUGGGGUGCAACAGCCCCUCCCCCUCACCAUGCUGGGAUCCUGUUAGCCAUUUAGUACAGGAGAAGCAGGAGCAAUUAUAUGGGCUAGACUAAGCCAAUAGGAAUUAUGUGAGUGAAUACAGAGCCAGAAUUUAUUGAUAAAGCUUUAAAAUGAAGAUAUUUCUGAUGGAUCUUAUGUACUGUGUUGAAUAGAAUGGAUACCACAGGAUCAUAUACGAAGGAGCUGGGAAUAGAUAGAGAGAGUUUUCAGUAUCGGCUCUGGUUUCCAUGAAAAAAUCUUGACCACGUCCGCCCACUCUAUUCUCAUUGUGCCAUUUUGCUCUGUUUUUUGAAUAAGCCUCCAGUCAGCACAGAAAAGCACGGCCUUUUCUUCUGGGUGGGUCCGUUAGAUUAGAAGAUCAUCAGUCUGGUGAAGCCCAGUGCAGAUCGCAGUGAAUCCACUCGGACCUCCUCUGGACUCUCCAGAGGCUUCAGCCCAGUGGGAGCUGUAAAGGGCCAUGAAUAGGCUGGUUACAUGAGGAGGUUAUGUUAGAUGCCCCGGAUCAGGUUAUAAAUAGAGAGUGCGGUGAUUAUGUUCCUGGGUACGGGAAUGUGAGCUAACAUCACACCACGGUCUCUACAAUGUGAACCGAUUCUGAACAACAGAAGUUGCUUUCCCUUGACAAUAACUGUGAGCGUCAAAUAGUUUUAGAUGUUUGCCGGAUUAGAAGAAUAUAACAUUAGGCCACUUAAAACAAACAAAUGCACACCUGUGACAAUCAUGUUUACUGAAAAGUCAUUUCUGUAAAUUUAAUGGACGUAUAAGUUUUGACUUGUGUUUGGAAAACCAAUGAUAACUACUUGGGGCAUCCUGGAAUCCUUUGUGUCUGGCAGUACUGAGUACAAGUCUGGUGACCCUGCUAUUGGAAGGAUGUUGUUAAACUGGAAAUGGUGCAAAUGAAGAUAUAUAAUGAUGUUAGCGGGAAUGGAGGAUUAGAGUUAUAAGGAGAGGCAGGAUGGGAUGAGGCUAUUUCCCCUGGAGUGUAGGAGCGUGAGGAGUGAUCUUAUUGAGGUUUAUAAAAUCAUGAGGGGCAUAGAAAAAGUGAAUAGCCAAGGCCUUUUCCCCCAGUGUAGCAGAGUCCAAAACUAGAGACUGUGAGUUUAAGGUGGGAGGGGAAAGAUUUAAACGGGACCUGAGGGGCAGCAUUUUCCGCAAGGGGGGUGGUGUGUGUAUGGAGUGAGCUGCCAGAGGAAGUGGUAGAGGCUGGUACAGCUGCAACAUUUAAAAGACUUUUGAACAAGUACAUGGAUAGGAAAGGUUCAGCAGGAUAUGGGCCAAACACAGUCAAAUGGGACCAGUUCAGUUUAGGAAACCUGGUUGGCACGGAUGAGUGGGGCUUUAUGACUCUAUGACAGGAUAUUCAGUUGGUAGCGGGGAAUGGUUCCCAUUCUCCUUGCAGAUGUGUCAAUCUCAGAAAACUGUACUGGGACUUCAGGGAAGAGAAAAGUUGGCUGCGACUGGGCAUGCUCGGCUCCAUACCCUGGCAAUGUUUCCAUGACCCGCCGGGCACAUGUUUAAUAUGCCACAGAGGUGAGGGCUGGCUCUCACGCUGCCAGUUGGCCCUGCUCCCAGCUUCAGAAGCUGCCACUGGGGAGUUGGCAUUAAGGGAAGCUGGAGUGCCAGUUGUAGAGAUCUCCACAGGCUGAGUACAGUCUAACUCCCUGAAACGUGUCACAAGCUUCUGAUAACAGGGCACCGAGGUCAUGAGUUCACCUUUACGAGAUGGGCUAACUAGAUAGUUGCACAUGGUUUACUGUGUUGGAUGUUUGACCUUUCCAAGGACGUCUCUGUGUUGAGCCACCGUCAGCUACAUUCUUGUUCCUGCUUUGACCCCACUUCACCUUGUGGGCUUACCAUAGCUCUACAGCUGCCAAAGUCGUAUUAAUGACUGGUAGAAUUAAACAUGCCUGUCCUCCUUCAUUGGACAUAAAGCUUGAGGGCUGCAUCCAGAUUUGAGCUGUGGCCAUGUGAGGGGUCAGAACCCCCAUUUAGUCCCAGUGACACCAGGGGAAUACCCAGCUUAUUGUACGGCUGCUCCAAUUAAGCAAGGGAAGAAUUCAACUUUAAUUUAAGUGACUCUUUUUAUCAUUUCUGCUACAGGGUAUUCUGUGCUUAAACUACUGUAAAUAGCUUGAGGAGUGUGGGGACAAUAAUGAGUUAUAUUUAUUGUACUGUUCCACUUUGCUCGCUGAAUUUUGAAGUGAAAUUUUCUACACAUAACUAUGGCAAAUAAAGUGACAAUC